AUGACUUCGGAUUCGACCCCGUCCAAAGGCGGAGCCCUGUCUCUCUAUGCCAAUCUCCUCGACCCAUCCGCCAACACCUCCUCUCCCGGAACAAUUUCUCGCGCCCCAGUCGUCUUCAAGCAGGCUUCGGAAGGCGACUCACAGAUAGAUGAUUCAGCUGCCAAAAAGCAGCAAUUAACUUCUCUUCGAUUUCAGCCUACGAAAAGACCACAGCUAGCGGCCCAGAAGCCUAAGCCGAAACCAGCGCUGCCCAAGACGACUCCUGCCGCUGCGGCUGCUCCGGCGGCUGCUCCCGUGAAGACCACUCUUGCGGACUGGGCAGCAACGGAGGAAGACGAUGUCAAUGGCUUCUACGUUGGCGAGAAGAGACAGCGUGGCGGGCGCAAAAAGCGCAAGAAGAACCGGGAAGCGCAGGCGGUAAUCCAGAAUUGGGACGACAUCUACGACCCUUCAAGACCGAACAUCUACGAAGAGUAUAAGCAUAGUGAUGAGCAGAUUGCCGAGGUGCGCGAGUGGAAAGAUCGCCUCUACGCACACCGGAUGGCACGUUCGCCGAGCAGGGACUCGUAUAGCGAUGAUGAAUCAAGACCAAUGAAGAGUAUGCUUCCCUUUGCACGCGACUGCGAACGGUUGAAAAGCUCACGAACUUUCGCAGGACAAUUUGCGCCUCCGCCUAAUCUCAACGAUAUCCCUCCUGCACCGCUUGAUGAACCCACGGGAGACGACGCAUUUGCUCGACGCGCGCGCAUGACGGCAGGUCAGUCAGAUACAUUAAUGCCUGGUCAGACGCCGCCUCCGCCUCCUCCCGAAGAGCAAUCUGCUCCCAUUCUGGAUGACCCCACCGGUGAAGAUGCCUACCUGAGACGGCUGCAAAUGUCGACCGGAGCUCAGCCUGCACCGCAACCGCCCCCUCCGCCUCCGCCUCGGCCUUUGGAUGCGCUGCAGCCAUCCUCUGCCACUAUCUCUCGUGCGCCGGUCCGUUAUACCCUGCCUCCACCUCCAGAAGAUAUUCCUGCCUCAGAAGCGGAGCUUGAAGAAGUCUUUGCGAGGGAAGAGCCUGCGGAAGAUGUACCCGACGAAGAAGGUGGCCAGCGCUCGCUCCGGCCGGGACAAAAGGGAUUUGCUGAAAGAUUGCUGGCGAAGUAUGGGUGGACCAAGGGAUCUGGCUUGGGUGCCACGGGGUCGGGUAUCGUCAAACCGUUGCAGGUCAAAGUUGAAAAGCAAAAGAAGCGGCCAGACUCGGAAGGCGGUGGUUUUGUUACUCCUGCUGGCAGGGGCAAAAUCAUUGGUGGUACGAGGAAGGCGGAGGAAGAGGAGGGCAAAUUCGGCCGUAUGAGCGAAGUCAUCAUCCUCAAGGGUAUGCUUGAUGGGAUGGAUGUGGAUGCUGAGCUCGAGGGUGAUCAAGACGGAGGGUUGAUGCAAGAGAUUGGCGAGGAAUGCUCAGAAAAGUACGGCCGUGUGGAGCGUGUUUUUAUUUCCCGUGAAUCUGGUCCCCCAGUGCCGGUCUUUGUCAAGUUUACUAAUCAGUUAUCGGCUUUACGAGCGGUGAAUGCUCUGGAAGGUCGUGUAUUCAAUGGCAACACGAUAACAGCCCGUUUCUAUGACACUCAGAAAUUCGAAGAAGGGAUAUAUGACGAUCGGUAG